AUGAGGGAUAUACUUCUUCUUGGACACCAUGUACCCGAAGCACCUACACGCGGAGUCCUUGAACGAGAUGCAGGACGCCUUUGGACCCAAAAUCCUGUUAAUGUCGUUGCGAUUGUACAGCUCGUAAUCGAACCCUUCCGGCACCUUGAUCGUCUUCGACGGGUCGCCGUCCUGGACGAUGAUCAGGUGGUACUGCUCGAAAAACGGCCGCCACAUCUCGAGAAAAUCGAGGUUCCUAAUCGUGGGUAUGACGAUGUCGAGCUCGUCCUUCAGGAGGGGGGCUGCGGGUACGGCUCCGGCCAUGGCUGGAUCUAA